AUGCACCUGUUGCCAACGCAAUCUCUGCGCGCACGGAGCCUCGCUGAACUUCGGCCAUACCCUACAGGUGGUCCUCGACUUCCAAUUGCUGUCGUUGGAGGAGGAGUAGCAGGUCUUACAGCUGCCCUCCAGCUGUCACGGCGACUACCCCCUGACAGACGUAUCAUACUCUAUGAGGCGCAACAGCGACUGGGUGGCUGGAUCGAGAGCGACGUGGUUGAAUUUGAAGGCAGGCAAUCGGGAGCAGGUAGCGUGGUCCUCGAAGGUGGACCCCGCUCGAUUAGACCCAAAGGGCUCAGUGGGUGGACCAUGGUUGAGCUGAUUCACUCGUUGGGUCUGAUGGACCGUCUCAUCAUCGUCCCAUCGACUGCAUCAUCCGCGCGCAAUCGUUUCCUGAGCUUUCGUGGUCGUCUGAACAGACUUCCAUCGUCGCUGACUUCAGCAUUGCAAGCUCUCUUCACGCUGCCUGUAUUGAGGUCUUUGUUCCCUUCCAUCAUACCAGCUCUCAUCUUGGAACCAUUCCGCCCUUCACGCUUCCAGCGACCGGCUUCUGAAUCCAAGGAAGAAGUCGCGAGACAACGCGCUAGAGAACACCUGCUAGAUGAGAGCGUCGAGUCUUUCAUGCGUCGUCGUCUUGGUAACGAAUUUGGAGGCAGGCUCACCAACAAUAUUCUCUCUGCAGUCAUUCACGGCAUCUACGCCUGCGACGCGCGCUCGCUCAGUGUUAGGAGUGCUUUACCUUUCUUGUGGGAAACAGAGCAGAAGCACGGAUCUUUGCUGAGAGCACUGCUGCCAGCCAACAAGACCGACGCCGAUAACGCGGAAAUCAAACGGAUCAAGGACUUGAUCGGACCCCAGUACUCAAAAGCUUUGGACUCAGCUAGCGUCUACAGUUUCAAAUUCGGUGUCGGUGAAAUCACCAGGUCCAUUCGAGAGGAGCUGCUCCGCAGGCCCAAUGUGGAGCUUCGGGUGGGCGAACCAGUGAAGACUAUUCGAUACGAUGACUCGGGCACGUCUAUUGUCACAUCUACUUCUGCUUCGGAGCGAGUCUCUCGCGUUGUCUCGUCACUUCCUGCUACCGCUCUCGCUACUAUUCUCGACGACUCUUACGCAUCUCCCACACUGCAAGCCUUGCUACGAUACAAUCCCUCUACAACGGUCGGAGUCGUCAACUUUGCCAUUCCCGCCGGUCUUGCUCGCGCUGUUGCUCCGGAAUGUCUCUUCCUCAACAAGCGUGCGCACCAUGUCACUGGCGAUGGCGCUUUUGGUUUUUUGAUACCACGGUGUGAGAGCCAAGGCCUCGAAGCAGGAGGGCGCAAGGAGGAGCCUACCAACCCGGAAGGCGUCCUCGGUGUCGUGUUCGAUUCGGACGCCGUUGCUGGCCAGGAUCAAGCAGACGGUGGUGUCACCAAGUUGACGGUCAUGGUCGGGGGACCGCAUUUCACACAACCAAUGAGCGCCGCGGCGAAGAGCGGCGGGAGCGCAUCAGCUGCUCCAUUGCCAAGUGAACAAGAGAUUCUUCGUCGCGCUGUCAGCGCGUUAGACCGCCAUCUCGCCAUCCCAGUGUCUUUGACCACACACGAGGAAACGGUGGCACGCGCUCGUCUGCAGCGACAUUGCAUCCCAACUUACCUCCCCGGGCACUUCUCUCGUAUGCUGCAAUUACAUUCCGAACUUCAGAGGAUGGAUCAAAUCACUGUUGCAGGAGCCAGCUAUAUCGGUGUCAGCUUGAACGACGUUGUCAGGUCUGCCAAGGCCACUGCAGAUAACAUCGUCGAGGCAGAAGCGCAAGGCAAGCUAGGAGGAGUGACCGGACUCGAAAGCUUCGUCGAAAACGCAAGAGGGUGA